GAGUGAACUUUAUCUCAAUAUCAUAUUAUAUUAAAUAUAAAUAUCCCACCAAGAAAAAUAAAAAAUCUAAACUUGAUUCAGUUCAUCGAUGGCUCCUUCUUCAGUUGCAGCUGUAGGUUCAGAAACAGAGGUGUUCGCCAUUGGAAAGCAUGAAACAAAGCUCGUAAAACCAGAAGAAGAAAUCACUCCAAAGCCUUUGUUGAUAUUUACACCAUUAGAAGAAGGAGAAUUCCCAGUUCUGGUUUUACUCCAUGGUUAUCUUCUCUAUAACUCCUUUUAUUCCCAGCUCAGUCAUCACAUCGCCUCCCAUGGCUUCAUCAUCGUCGUUCCCCAGUUAUAUUCAGUCACAGGACCCGAUGCAACUAAAGAAGUCGAGUGUGUAGCUGAAAUAACUAAUUGGCUACCUGAAGGACUUCAACAGUUCCUCCCAUCUCAAGUAAAACCAAACCUAAAAAAGCUAGGAUUGGCUGGCCAUAGCCGUGGAGGAAAAGUCGCAUUUGCCCUUGCUCUAAACAAGCUUAACACGAAGUUAAAUUUGAAAUUUUCUGCACUGAUUGGAAUCGGUCCUGUUGAUGGAAUGGACACAGGGAAGCAAACUCCACCAAAGGUGCUCACUUAUGUUCCACAUUCGUUUAACCUUGAAAUGCCAGUUAUGGUUAUUGGUUCAGGUCUUGGUGAAGUCAGGAAAAACCUGUUGUUCCCAGCUUGUGCGCCAAAAGGGGUAAACCAUGAGAACUUUUACAGUGAAUGCUGUAAACCGGCUUGUUAUUUUGUAGCGAAAGAUUAUGGGCAUCUUGAUAUGCUUGAUGAUGAGACGAAAGGGAUUAGAGGGAAGACUACUCAUUGUUUGUGUAAGAAUGGGAAGUCUAGGGAACCUAUGAGGAGAUUUGUUGGAGGGGUUGUGGUUGCUUUCUUGAAAGCUUAUUUUGGUGGGGAUUUAAGUUAUUUAACGGGUAUAAACGAUGAUGGAAGUGCACCUGUUUUGCUCCAGAAGGUUGACUUUAUGCUUUGAAAUUUGUGGUCUAUCGUAGUAA